CGCUAGCUCACUUCGGCGCGGCGGAGACUAUUGCACGUCACCCGUCACGAUUUCUAAUGCAGAAAUCUAUGCGUCUAUAUCGGCACUGAGACUGAAACUUUCGCGAUCUGGCGUUAUCCUCAGACAUUCAACACGUGGGCCGGGACUGUUCAUUAAUAUUCUCCAAGAAUAUAUGGCGAUGUAUUUCAGCAUUCAUCACAGUGCGUUUCCCUCAGCGUACACGAUCUCAUUGAAAUUGUCGCCAGUCCAGGGUCGUGGUUGCGUGGGUCGCCGCGAAUCACGUGCACUCGCUGGAAUCCAAUGAAGCUCCUUUUUGGACAUGCUCUUGUCGGUGCUUGUUGGGUUCACUUCUUUUUUCUCCGUGAACUCCCUCGAGCGUGCUGCGAGCAUAGGGUAUGUCGCCAAAUGUCUGGGACCCUAAACUCGAUGCGGCCCCGGCGUAUUCGUACGGUGCCCAGGUCGAGCAAAGACAGGAAUUCUACGCCGUUGUUUAUGUUGCUUUCGCGGGCUACACAAUUCUGAUAUGGGAUCAUUUUCUCACAUUCGGAGAUGAGAUAGAGCUCAUCUGGAAGCCGCGGAAGACAUUGAUGUCGUACCUUUUCCUUCUAAACCGCUACAUAAUUCCGCUCGGCUUCAUCGUGUGUUUUUAUCCUUACUUACACCCGAACUUGACGGAUUCGGUAUGUAAAGCCUUUAUGAGAUACGAGGGCUACAUGGUAGCAUUUGGCUUGGUGAUCGGAGGGUUGAUGAUGUUAAAGCGAGUGACGGCUCUCUACGAGGGCUAUCACGUAGUAGCGUUAGUAGGGGGAGCAAUUUACGUCACCUGGCUCUGCGUCGGACUCAUCGUGGUCUCAUCGGCUUAUGCGGCGCCGCAUUCGCAAGUUGUAUACGCAUGCUCGCAGAUAACUCGCGGAGAAAUCGCGUCGGCAGUCAUAUGGUUGUUGGUGGCGUUUGACAGUUUCGUCAUCGGAGCCAUCCUUGCUCGGACAUUGCCUUUCAUGCCGCACACGAAUGUGCGCACUAUUGCUCGCGCGCUUACGUUUGAUGGGCUUAUGUAUUACAUCGUUGUCUUGACAGUCAAUCUCGUGCAAGGUAUCAUGAUCAUCAAGGCUCCGAACGGGCUCAAGAACACCUUUGGGCAAUUAAAGCUACACUUGACAGUAACGAUGAUGUCGCGCAUUACUCUCAAUCUACCCAAGCAACACCGUAAGCUGACGUUACAGCCAACCUCGCGGCCAUGGGAGGACGCUCCAUCAUUACUACCUACGAUACACUUGAGCACUCAACACGGCCGAGAGACAGGGCGAGGGCGGAAUACCUUGGCUACUAUAGAGCUGGAACCGAUGCGUACAUCGCGAAUUUCGCGAUCUUCGAUAGACUUGAGUGAUAGGGACUCGUAGCCUUAGUAUACCUACUGACAGUAUCUGUCUUGUUUAGUGAGGUAUGGUACACGCAAUUCCUUUAUGGCUUGCCUCAUAAUAAGACAAUGAG